GAUAAUGUAGCGAUUGUUACAAUCAAUAUUCCCAACAUGAAGUUUCAUAUAUUUGUAAUUUUAUUAAAUUAUAAUGAUUUUUUUAUUAUCACUUUUUUUAAUUUACCAUUUCAACAGGAAAAUGUAUUGAACAAAGGUUUGCUCAAUAAAAUGUCGGAUCUUAUUGCUCAUAUUGAAUCUAAUUCUAAUAUACAUAGUGUUGUUAUUAUGUCUGGCAAAACCAAUAGUUUCAUUGCCGGUGCUGAUAUUAAUGAACUUUUUAAGCUUAAAAGUGCCGAAGAAGUACAGAAAUUGUCAGUGGAAGGUCAGCAAAAACUUAUGCAUAUUGAACGAAGCAGGAAACCAUUUGUUGCAGCUAUCAUGGGCACUUGUAUGGGUGGUGGCCUUGAAGUUGCAUUAGCUUGUCAUUAUCGCAUUGCUAUGAACACACCGAAAACUAUGUUAGCUUUACCUGAGGUACAACUCGGUUUGUUACCAGGUGCAGGUGGUACUCAACGUUUACCAAAAUUAAUAUCUUUUCAAAAUGCUCUUGAUAUGAUGCUUACUGGUAAAACAGUACCUGUUCCGAAAGCAAAAAAAAUAGGACUUAUUGAUCAAGUUGUUCAGCCAAUUGGGAUCGGUAUAAAGUCUGUAGAAGAAAAUAAUUUGCAUUAUUUGAAACAAGUACGAAUACCUAAAUUUGAACAAUUUCUAAAUUAUUUAUUGUUCAUAAUGAAACUAACGCUUGGCAACUACCCAGCUCCACUUCAGAUUCUUAAUCUUGUGAAAAUGAUGGCGGAGAAUAGAGAUAAAGUAUUUUAUAAUGAGGAAUCUAAGAUUUUCGGAGAACUUUCUCAAACUACUCAAUCUUCUGCCCUUAUUGGACUUUUCCAAGGUUCAACCGAAUGCAAAAAAAAUAAAUUUGUAUUUUUCAGAAAAUUAUCGGUUAUUGGUGCCGGCUUAAUGGGUGCCGGUAUUGCAAGCGUUUCUAUUGAUAAAGGUAUCACUACAGUGCUGCUCGACAUGCAUGAUGAGGGUUUGUCGAGAGGUAUGAAUCAAAUAUAUUCUCAUUAUGAUAAAUUAGCCAAAAAGAAGAGGAUUACUUUGCUGCAGCAAAGCAAUGCGAUUGCUAGAUUGAAGCCUACAACGAAUUAUGAGGAUGUGAAAAAUAGUGAUGUUGUGAUUGAAGCUGUCUUCGAGGAUUUAUCAUUAAAGCACAAAGUUAUUCAGCAGUUAGAAUCUGUGAUUCCAUCGCAUUGCGUAAUCGCAACAAAUACUUCUGCUUUACCAAUUGAACAAAUAGCUUCCGUUUCAUCAAGACCAGAGCGCAUUAUUGGAAUGCAUUAUUUUUCACCAGUUGAAAAAAUGCAACUUUUAGAAAUUAUCACUACUAAGAAAACAAGCAAAGAAACAUUGGCUAUAGCAGCUAAUCUUGGAUUAACCCAAAAAAAAUUAGUUGUUGUUGUCAAAGAUUGCCCGGGAUUUUUUGUUGUGCGUUGUUUAGCUCCUAUGUUGAAUGAAGUAAUGCGCUUAUUGCAAGAAGGUGUUUCUCCCACUCAAAUUGAUAAAAUGACCAAAAGUUAUGGCUUUCCAGUUGGUGCUGCAACUCUUGCUGAUGAAGUUGGUCUUGAUGUUGCUGAACAUGUUGGCACUUUUUUAGGAAAGGAGCUUGGACCACGAGUUGCUGGUGGGUCAGUUGAGAUGCUAACAGAAAUGGUCUCUUCAGGCUAUAAAGGUCGAAAAUCGGGCAAAGGUUAUUUCGUGUAUCGGAGCGAUUGGAUUAUCAAGAAAUAUCUUCUUAUACCGAAGGCAGAAGUUAGUAGUGUUGAAGACCAACAACUUCGCGUAAUUUCUCGAUUUAUAAAUGAAGCUGCAAUUUGUUUGGAAGAAGGAGUAAUAUCAUCGCCGUCCGAUGGUGAUAUCGCAUCAGUGUUUGGCAUUGGUUUUCCACCAUUCUGGGGUGGUCCGUUUCGAUUUGUUGAUUUAUUUGGAGCCCAGCGACUUGUCAAUGAGAUGCAACGAUUUGGAAAUGCUUAUCAUCCGCAGCAAUUUCAACCAGCAAAUAUUUUACUAGAUUUUGCGAAGAAUAAUAAGAAAUUUUAUCCCAAAUAG